AUGUAUCUUAAAUUAUAUUUUUUUCUUUUAGUGUGCACAUCCCUUUGGAUAUUUGUUGUCACAAUGAAUACAAAAAUUCGACCAAUCAAGAAAAAGUUUAUUCCCAGACAGAAUACUUUAUGUCCACCUAAUGAACCAUGUGAUAAAACACCAGGUUACCCACUAAGAGCUAUUACUGCAUUACUCAAAAGAAAUAAGAAAAAAAUCGAAUUCCUAUCCGGGACAGCAAUGCAACCGUUGAACGAAGCUACAUUUCGAAGUCCAGAAGACCCAGAGAAUCUUUGCAAAACGAGGAGAUACUCAGUAGCACCUAAAACGGCUCCAGAUAUCCAAAAUAAUACGAAAUUUAUUGUUAACGUGGAAGGUUUUAAGCAACUGGUUACAUAUGAAAAUUGCAUGAGAGAGAAAGACGGCUCCGAAAAAGCUUGUACUGGAUAUGAAUUUUGGCCAAACGACUUCAAAACCACCUGCAGACAAGCGCAUACCGUCAUCAGAAUGCUGAGUCUAACUUACUCUGGAAAAAUGGAUUACGCAUAUUUUCCUAUCCCAAGUGGUUGCUACUGUGCGUACACUAAACUGAACAAAUUUGAUUACGAUUGAAACGAAGAUAAGACUAAUAUUAAAAAAAUAACGAAAAAAGGAAUAAGACUUGUUAAUUUUCGUGUAAUUAUAUUGACAAAAAUUGGGAAAUCUACUUUUUUUUUUGAGAAAUUGCGCAUUUUUAAAGGUCUUAAAAACGUAUUUAGAGGUCUUGCUAUGUAAUGAUUUUUUUU